AUGACGUCACAGCAGCCAGUAACGUCACAGCAGCCCGUAACGUCACAGCAGCCCGUAACGUUACAGCAGCCUGUAACGUCACAGCAGCCAGUAACGUCACAGCAGCCCGUAACGUCACAGCAGCCUGUAACGUCACAGCAGCCAGUAACGUCACAGCAGCCUGUAACGUCACAGCAGCCAGUAACGUCACAGCAGCCAGUAACGUCACAGCAGCCCGUAACGUCACAGCAGCCUGUAACGUUACAGCAGCCAGUAACGUUACAGCAGCCCGUAACGUCACAGCAGCCCGUAACGUUACAGCAGCCCGUAACGUCACAGCAGCCUGUAACGUCACAGCAGCCAGUAACGUCACAGCAGCCCGUAACGUCACAGCAGCCCGUAACGUCACAGCAGCCCGUAACGUCACAGCAGCCUGUAACGUCACAGCAGCCCGUAACGUCACAGCAGCCAGUAACGUCACAGCAGCCCGUAACGUCACAGCAGCCAGUAACGUUACAGCAGCCUGUAACGUCACAGCAGUCAGUAACGUCACAGCAGCCAGUAACGUCACAGCAGCCAGUAACGUCACAGCAGCCAGUAACGUCACAGCAGCCCGUAACGUCACAGCAGCCAGUAACGUCACAGCAGCCCGUAACGUCACAGCAGCCAGUAACGUUACAGCAGCCUGUAACGUCACAGCAGCCCGUAACGUUACAGCAGCCAGUAACGUCACAGCAGCCAGUAACGUCACAGCAGCCCGUAACGUUACAGCAGCCCGUAACGUUACAGCAGCCAGUAACGUCACAGCAGCCAGUAACGUCACAGCAGCCCGUAACGUCACAGCAGCCAGUAACGUCACAGCAGCCCGUAACGUCACAGCAGCCCGUAACGUCACAGCAGCCAGUAACGUCACAGCAGCCAGUAACGUCACAGCAGCCCGUAACGUUACAGCAGCCCGUAACGUUACAGCAGCCAGUAACGUCACAGCAGCCAGUAACGUCACAGCAGCCAGUAACGUCACAGCAGCCCGUAACGUUACAGCAGCCCGUAACGUCACAGCAGCCAGUAACGUCACAGCAGUCAGUAACGUCACAGCAGCCCGUAACGUCACAGCAGCCAGUAACGUCACAGCAGCCCGUAACGUCACAGCAGCCAGUAACGUUACAGCAGCCUGUAACGUCACAGCAGCCAGUAACGUCACAGCAGCCUGUAACGUCACAGCAGCCUGUAACGUCACAGCAGCCAGUAACGUCACAGCAGCCCGUAACGUCACAGCAGCCUGUAACGUCACAGCAGCCAGUAACGUCACAGCAGCCCGUAACGUUACAGCAGCCUGUAACGUUACAGCAGCCAGUAACGUUACAGCAGCCAGUAACGUCACAGCAGUCAGUAACGUCACAGCAGUCAGUAACGUCACAGCAGCCUGUAACGUCACAGCAGCCUGUAACGUUACAGCAGCCAGUAACGUUACAGCAGCCAGUAACGUCACAGCAGUCAGUAACGUCACAGCAGUCAGUAACGUCACAGCAGCCUGUAACGUCACAGCAGCCUGUAACGUCACAGCAGUCAGUAACGUCACAGCAGCCCGUAACGUUACAGCAGCCUGUAACGUCACAGCAGCCUGUAACGUCACAGCAGUCAGUAACGUCACAGCAGCCCGUAACGUUACAGCAGCCCGUAACGUCACAGCAGCCUGUAACGUCACAGCAGCCAGUAACGUCACAGCAGCCCGUAACGUUACAGCAGCCUGUAACGUUACAGCAGCCAGUAACGUUACAGCAGCCAGUAACGUCACAGCAGUCAGUAACGUCACAGCAGUCAGUAACGUCACAGCAGCCUGUAACGUCACAGCAGCCUGUAACGUCACAGCAGUCAGUAACGUCACAGCAGCCCGUAACGUUACAGCAGUCAGUAACGUCACAGCAGUCAGUAACGUCACAGCAGUCAGUAACGUCACAGCAGUCAGUAACGUCACAGCAGUCAGUAACGUCACAGCAGUCAGUAACGUCACAGCAGUCAGUAACGUCACAGCAGUCAGUAACGUCACAGCAGUCAGUAACGUCACAGCAGUCAGUAACGUCACAGCAGCCUGUAACGUCACAGCAGUCAGUAACGUCACAGCAGCCAGUAACGUCACAGCAGUCAGUAACGUCACAGCAGUCAGUAACGUCACAGCAGUCAGUAACGUCACAGCAGUCAGUAACGUCACAGCAGUCAGUAACGUCACAGCAGUCAGUAACGUCACAGCAGUCAGUAACGUCACAGCAGCCUGUAACGUCACAGCAGUCAGUAACGUCACAGCAGUCAGUAACGUUACAGCAGUCAGUAACGUCACAGCAGUCAGUAACGUCACAGCAGUCAGUAACGUCACAGCAGUCAAUAACGUCACAGCAGUCAGUAACGUUACAGCAGUCAGUAACGUCACAGCAGUCAGUAACGUCACAGCAGUCAGUAACGUCACAGCAGCCUGUAACCUCACAGCAGUCAGUAACGUCACAGCAGCCCGUAACGUCACAGCAGCCAGUAACGUUACAGCAGCCUGUAACGUCACAGCAGCCAGUAACGUCACAGCAGCCUGUAACGUCACAGCAGCCCGUAACGUUACAGCAGCCAGUAACGUCACAGCAGUCAGUAACGUCACAGCAGCCAAUAACGUCACAGCAGCCCGUAACGUUACAGCAGCCUGUAACGUCACAGCAGCCAGUAACGUUACAGCAGCCAGUAACGUCACAGCAGCCAGUAACGUCACAGCAGCCAGUAACGUCACAGCAGCCCGUAACGUCACAGCAGCCCGUAACGUUACAGCAGCCUGUAACGUUACAGCAGCCAGUAACGUCACAGCAGCCAGUAACGUCACAGCAGCCCGUAACGUCACAGCAGCCCGUAACGUUACAGCAGCCUGUAACGUUACAGCAGCCUGUAACGUUACAGCAGCCUGUAACGUCACAGCAGCCAGUAACGUUACAGCAGCCAGUAACGUCACAGCAGCCAGUAACGUCACAGCAGCCCGUAACGUUACAGCAGCCAGUAACGUUACAGCAGCCCGUAACGUCACAGCAGUCCGUAACGUCACAGCAGCCCGUAACGUUACAGCAGCCUGUAACGUUACAGCAGCCAGUAACGUUACAGCAGCCCGUAACGUCACAGCAGUCCGUAACGUCACAGCAGCCCGUAACGUUACAGCAGCCCGUAACGUCACAGCAGUCCGUAACGUCACAGCAGCCCGUAACGUUACAGCAGCCAGUAACGUUACAGCAGCCCGUAACGUCACAGCAGUCCGUAACGUCACAGCAGCCUGUAACGUCACAGCAGCCAGUAACGUCACAGCAGUCAGUAACGUCACAGCAGCCAGUAACGUCACAGCAGCCAGUAACGUCACAGCAGCCAGUAACGUCACAGCAGCCAGUAACGUCACAGCAGCCAGUAACGUCACAGCAGCCAGUAACGUUACAGCAGCCUGUAACGUCACAGCAGCCAGUAACGUCACAGCAGUCAGUAACGUCACAGCAGCCAGUAACGUCACAGCAGCCCGUAACGUCACAGCAGCCCGUAACGUUACAGCAGCCUGUAACGUUACAGCAGCCUGUAACGUCACAGCAGCCAGUAACGUCACAGCAGUCAGUAACGUCACAGCAGCCAGUAACGUCACAGCAGCCAGUAACGUCACAGCAGCCAGUAACGUCACAGCAGCCAGUAACGUCACAGCAGCCCGUAACGUUACAGCAGCCAGUAACGUCACAGCAGCCCGUAACGUCACAGCAGCCCGUAACGUUACAGCAGCCAGUAACGUUACAGCAGCCCGUAACGUCACAGCAGUCCGUAACGUCACAGCAGCCCGUAACGUUACAGCAGCCUGUAACGUUACAGCAGCCAGUAACGUUACAGCAGCCCGUAACGUCACAGCAGCCCGUAAUGUCAGCUCAGCUUCACAACACUGCCGCUAGGAGUCCCACUCUCGACUCCAGAUAUAAACAAGAUGCCAUUUCAUCUCUCCUCAUGCUUCUUCUUCCUCAUGCCUUCUCACAAGUUGCCACAACGCUCACAGUCAACCACUACCUCGUGUUGGCAUUGUGGUAA